GCGCAAUAGAAAGGAAGUAAAGUCCGUAUGCGCAUGUUGACUGGGAAAACUUGGUCUUUUCUUUUUAUUAUAUCUUGGAUUUAUAUACUACAUAUCCAGCGACUCAGACGAGCGCACGCGCGCGCGCACACACACACACACACACACACACAGGAGAAUUUCUGACACUCUGAAAAAGAGUCAUAUUAAAUGUGCAAACUGGGAGACGUGAUUUCUUACUGAAAGGAUUGAGAAAGGUGAAGCAGGAAGGAAAUGGCAGAAGGAAGAAAAGAGAGACGGCACAGCGUAGAAAGACCAUUUAACUUCUGUGAAACUGUCAAACAUGACUCAAGCGUCCUCCUGACUGAAGAGCAGUUACAGUGUUCUAUCUGUCUGGAAGUGUUCACUGACCCCGUCACCACUCCAUGUGGACACAACUUCUGUAAGAGCUGCCUCACACAAAGCUGGGAUACGAGUCAACACUGCUGCUGUCCGUUAUGUAAAGAGAAAUUCACCAAGAGACCUGAGCUCAAGAUUAAUACAACACUGAGAGAGGUUGCAUAUCACUUCAAGAAUAAAACUGGUCUCAACAAAUCUCAGGUUCUUUGUGACUUCUGCACUGGUGUGAAGGAGAAGGCCUUGAAAUCCUGUCUGGAUUGUGGUGUGACUCUCUGUUCAUCUCAUUUAGAGUCUCAUAAUCAUGUUCCAAAAUAUAAGAAACACAAACUAAUAAAUGCAGUGGAGAACGUGGAUAAAUACAUAUGCCAGGAGCAUGAGAGACCUCUGGAACUGUUCUGUAGAGACGAUCAGACGUGUGUGUGUCGGUUCUGUACUGAAGGAAAACAUAAGAAUCAUAAUGUUAUUCCUAUAAAGAAGAGUCAGCUGGGGAAAACACAGACGGAGCUGCAGCAGAUGAUCCAGGAGCGACUGAAGAAGAUCCAGGAAAUUAAUCACUCAGUAGAGCUCAGCAAAAGAAACACAGAGAAAGAGAAAUCAGACAGUAUUGAAGUCUUCACUGCUCUGAUUCGCUCCAUUGAGAGGAGUCAGGCUGAGCUGCUGGAGGUGAUGGAGGAGGAGCAGAAAGCAGCAGAGAAGCAGGCUGAAGGACUCAUUAAAGAGCUGCAACAGGAAAUCGAUGAGCUAAAGAGGAGAGACACUGAGCUGGAGCAGCUCUCACACACUGACGAUCAUCUCCACCUCCUACAGAUUUAUCCGUCACUGUGCAUCGCUCCACACACCAAGAACUGGACUGAGAUCAGGAUUAAAACUGAACCGAGUGUGGAAGCUCUGAGGACGGCUCUGUCUCAGCUUCAGAAGACUCUGAAUGAGAAACUCAGUGUAACUCUGAAUGAGAAACUCAGUGUAACUCUGAAUGAGAAACUGAAGGAAACAGUCUCCACAGAACUGAAGAGGAUUCAGCAACAUGCAGUGGAUGUGACUCUGGAUCCUGAUACAGCUUAUCCUCGUCUCAUCCUGUCUGAUGAUGGAAAACAAGUGACGUGUGGAGACACAAAGCAGAAUCUCCCAGACACCCCGAAAAGAUUCACUAAUUAUUUGAUAAUCCUGGGAAAUCAGGGUUUCUCUUCAGGGAGGUUUUACUAUGAGGUGCAGGUCAGCAGGAAGACUGAGUGGAGUUUAGGAGUGGUCAGAGAGUCUGUUAACAGGAAGGGGAAAAUUGAGACAUUUAAACCUCAGAAUGGAUUCUGGACUGUGGUUCUGAGGAACGGGAAUGAGUAUACUGCUCGUGAUGAUCCCUGUAUCUCCCUCUCCCUGAGAGAGAAACCCCAGAAGGUGGGCGUGUUUGUGGAUUAUGAUGAGGGUCUGGUGUCCUUUUAUGACGUUGAGGCCAGGUCUCAUAUCUACUCUUUCACUGGUCAGUCUUUCACUGAGAAACUCUAUCCAUACUUCUGUCCUUGUCAUACCAAUGGAGGUAAAAACUCAGCACCACUGAUCAUCUCUCGUGUGUUAAACACUGAAUAAAUUUCUCACAUUUUCAGUUCACUAAUGCAUAAAGUGCAACAAGCAACACUAAUGAAUAAGCUAAAAAUAGAAUAGGAUAUUUGGUUUUUCAUACAUCUACCGCUUACUCCUUUUCAGGGUCACGGGGAACCUGGAGCCUAUCCCAGGAAGCAUUGGGCACAAGGCGGGGUAUAUUUGGUUUUAUAAGUUAUAAUUAUUUUGUGUUUAACAUUUUGUUUGUGUAUUUCAGUUAUUGUAUUUUACAGUAAGAAUGUUUGUGAUGUACAACAUGUUCACUAAAAUAGAGGUGUGUAUCAGGGCUAAGAUCCAUAGGGACCCAACAAAAAAUGUUGCAAGACUGGGUAGUCAUAUAUGAAGCUUUCAGGUUCCUCGUUUCACAUUCAAACCAACUAAUUUUAUUGAUAAUAAAAGCAGAAGUGGAUGGGAUUGGUUAGAAUUCCAUCAAGAAUGGGGGGUUUGAUCAGAAUUCCUUUGAGAGCAAGCAAGAUUUGUCAGAAUUCCUUCUGGAAGUGGAAAGGAUUGGUCAUAAUGCCUUCUGAAGCAGGUGGAAUUGGUCAUUAUACCUUCAGAAGCAGGUGGGAUUGGUCAUAAUUCUGUCACAAGUGGAGGCAUUUGACAGAAUUCCUUUGAGAGCAAGUGAAUUUGGUCGGAAUUCCCCCAGAAGCAGAUGAGGUUGUCAGAAUUCCUCUGAGAGCACGCAGGAUUCAUCAGAAUUCAUUCAGGAGUGGGCAGGAUCAGUCCAAAUUCCCUCGGGAGCAGGUGGGAUUGGUCAAAAUUCUUUUGAGAGCGAGCGAGAUUGGUCAGAAGUCUUUCAGGAGUGGGCCGGGUUGGUUAGAAUCUUUUCGGGAGCUGGUGAUAUUGGUCAGAAUUCCUUCAGAAGCAUGUGGGAUUGGUCAGAAUUCUUUCACAAUUUUUUUGGGCGCGAGCAGGAUUGGUCAGUAUUUCUGUGAGAGAGGGCAGGAAUAGUCAGAAUUCCUUCAGGAGCAGAUGGAAAUGUUUGGGGAGCAAAUAGGAUUGGUCAUUAUUGGAUUCCGUCAGGAGAGGGCAGUAGUGGGAUUUAAAAAAAAAAACGGUCUAUUGCACACUUCUACUCUAAAUUUCCACCUAAAUAAAUGCAUACAUUGAAAAAAAAACUAAUGUGUUGGAGUUUGUUUAGAUUAAAUCUUUAUAAUAAUAUAACUUGAGCAUGAGUUUUGUGAUUUAGUGUUACUGUUUAUCAUUUGCUCAUGAAAUGGAGAUCAACCACAAUGUAAACUAAAAUAUAACCUCAGUUAUGCUUUUGAAAAACUUAUUGGGCAGAAAUGAUGAGCUAAAAAGUCAUUUUCUAUGACAAAGUUUAUUCCAGAUUAUUACCCUCCUGACUGCCUCAGAUUUCAUCAAUACUCAACUAGCAGGAUCCCCAAACUGAAGAGCACCAGAGGGAUAUUUUUUUUUAUACCCAAGCAGCACUCU